UAUUGUAUGCGGUACUAAUAUAUAUUUAAAAACAUCUGCAAUCGAUAUAAUCGUGUCUGUUCUUCAGUUUUUUUUUUAAGAAUAACUGAGAUAUUAAAUAUUUUUUAAAAUGCAUACUUGGACAACAAUUAUUGCCCUAUCGGUAGUUUUCGUAUUUGCCAUGGAAUUUCGACCCGUGGAUCAUUUCAUGACUAGCUAUCUCACUAGCCAAGGAAUAAAAAUUACAGAUACUCAGGUGACAGAUGAAUUGAUACGUUUUGAAGACUAUUUCAGCGUAUUGACGGUCACGGUGAUAAUGAUGAUCACUGAUUAUUUUCUUUACAAACCAGUUAUCUUUUUCAAUGUCUUCUGCGGAAUUUUUGUUUAUUCAAAUCUUGUUAUGUUGCCUAAUUUCAUACAGUCAAAAGUAGCUAAACUAUGUGUUGCUUUCUUCAAAUCGUACGAAGUAGUCUACUUCAGUUAUUUAUUCGCUAGUUUACRGGACAAGAGAUACUAUCAGGUKACAUCGGGAUUAGCUAGGACCGCAAUGUUGAUGGGAAAAUGUUGUUCGUUGGUAUUCGCCCAAACGKUAGUGGUUAUUUAUGGAAAGGAUUACGUUAAACAAUUACCGUGUUACACAUUGGGURGUGUUGUUUUCGCCGUUGUUUGGGCGUCGUUUUUGCCAUCGGUAAGACGGAAAAGUUACAAUAACGAUGAUACUGUGGCAGAAUUUAUGUUGCAUAAUAACAAUGAACUACUUAAUUUAAAGAUUAUGAGGUCUAUCAGCUCAUACAAGAUCGGCGUAAAACGUGUGAAUUGGGAAUCAAAUGAUAAUGCGUUCAUAGGAUCUGGGUCAUUGAUUCUUGGCGUAUGUGUCAUAUCUUGUUACUUUCAUCAACAUAUGUUAUCGAUCCAACUGUCAUACAUAUUAUUCGGAGCACUGAUACAAGCAAUGUUCGUGACGGCGUUGUCUGAAGUAGCAAAACAGCUGAAAAACAACUGUUAUGCGCUUGUAUUGGGUUUCAAUGCGAUCAUUUCGAUGGUAUUACUUCUAUGUUAUAAAGAAUUCUUUAUCCGUGGUAAUUUAUUCAAGAUUGAUAUUCCCGAACAGGGUAGAAAGAAGUGGAACUAUUAUUGUUUUUAUAAAAUGGAACAUGAAUCAAGUUUGAUUUCCUUAAACAGUGAUCAGUUAUAUUAA